AUGCACUGGUGUUGGGAUAAAUAUCCAAGUGCCCAAGCCAGUGUUUACACUGGACACUAUCACAAACCAACAGUUGUACUCGAUGCAGUUGCCUCCUAUGACUUGUGUAUUUGGCAUGCUUUCUUUGGCAUGCCUGGUUCUCUAAAUGAUAUUACUGUUCUUGACAGGUCGCCUUUAUUUGCUGAAUCAACUAGAGGACGUGUCCCUGCUGCCAACUACACCAUCAAUAAUCACACAUACACCAUGGGGUAUUAUCUUGCUGAUGGUAUCUAUCCUCGUUGGGCAACGAUUGUGAAAACAAUAUCUCAACCUCAAGGCGCAAAGAGACAACUAUUUGCGAGGAUACAGGAGGCAUGUCAAAAAGAUGUCGAAAGGGCAUUUGGAGUGCUCCAAGCACGAUUUAAUAUUGUCAGCGUGCCAGCUAGAGGUUGGAGGGAUGAGGAUCUGUACUACAUCAUGAAGACGUGCAUUAUUUUGCACAACAUGAUCAUUGAAGAUGAGCGUGAUAUUCCAUAA